CCUUGUAUUUUAUUAACAGCAUUCCAUAAGUCAAGGAAAGGAUGCCAGAGGAAGGAAAUGCCCCAAAUGAUGCUCAGCAGGGAGUGGUCGUCGAUGAUAGUACGAUGGAAAAUAUCAUCGAUAAACUUAAGCUCCUUGACUAUGAAACUGAAUUUUGCACUCUAGUUAAGCCUCCCUUUAAACCACUCGAUAAGUUUUAUUUUGCUGGGCCUUCCACACUUGAUAACCCCAAUAUGCAGUUUUACUAUUUUACCUCAUUAUGUGCUUGGCUAAUAAACAUGUGUGGUCACGAGUUCGCAGCAGCAGGCCAAUUUGAUGAUCCCAACGCAACAGCUACAACUAUUCUUUCUCAAUUGCGCUCCAUGAACCUACCCAUUCCUAGCAUUGCUCCAAAUCGAAUUAAGCAAGGAAGUGGGGAGGGUGUAUUAAUUAUUUUAUCUGUUCUACUUGAUCAGGUAUUGGCAAAGAAGGGUUUUUCCUUUCGACCGAUUGAUUACUCUCGAAUCGAAAAAUACGACGAGCAUGCCGAUCUUCCUAAUGGAGAUGAUGUUGUUAACGAUACAGUGGAAGUCGAGGACAAUGUAGUUAUAGACAGUGAUGAUGAAGACGAGACUUUUGUCAGAGCUGCUGAACAAAAAGAUGAAAAGGAGGCUAUAAAUGUUCCUGUAGCUUCCUCUAUUAAUGCGGAGGAAUGGAAUUUGGAGUUGGAGCGUGUCGCACCUUUAUUGCAGAUAGAAAAUGAGGUGUUUGACAACUGGCGUUCGCGUAUUGAAAGUGCUACAAUUCUUAUGAAGGCAGUAGAAAAAAUGUAUCCCGAUACCAAACAAAUGCUUGAACGGAUGAGGGAGGAUAUGGAUAAGUCGAGGGAUAGAAUUCAAAAGAGAGAGCAAACUCUUGCUCAGCAGUUUUCUGAACAGGUUGAAGAGUAUCGUGUUAGGCUUCGUGACUUAAACGCCUCCCGUGACGCUGCUAAUCUAGUAGGCCAAAGUGUCCAACAACUUACUGUAGAGCUCAAUCAAGUCAGUGAAUUGCUAGAUCAAACGAAGAGAAAUAUCGAAGAUCGAGAGGCAAAAAUAUCUGAUACAACUCCUUUGAUGAAAGUAAAGGAGGCACUCAACAAAGUACAAACCGAAAUAAAGCAAAUGACUUUGCGCAUCGGUGUGCUUCAGCAUAGUGUUCUUCACUACGUCAAGGAGCAAACAAAGGCGAAGCGUGAGGGAUCAUUUAUACAAGAUGGAGAAGAAAUUAUGCUUGUAGAUCAAGAUUUUUCCUAUUAUUAAAUUCUAUCACAUGUUUCAAUAUGUGUUGAUCUUUAUUAUUGUUGUUCAUUACUUUUUCAUUUUUUUAUCAUAUAUUUUUUCCCACUACUAUAUCAGAGCUUUGAGUCAAAAAAUCUUGGAAUUCUGGCUAAUUUAUGCAAAGUGAGUGAAGAAAAAAUGAUGUACUGAAAAA